AUGACUAGUAAACAAAUUAUAACACCAGAGAUUCAUUCAUUAAUAGAUCCAGUUAUUUCUAAUUUAAAAAGACAUCAAUUAAUAGAAGAUAAAGAUGUUGCUUUAACUAUUGCUAAAUUAUUAAUGAAAGUUAUAUCUGUAUCAAAAUGGUCAAAUCCACAAGAAUUAAUUGAAAUUAUCCGAAAAGUUGGUUUAAUAAUACAUAAAUCAUAUCCUAGAAAAAUUAUACCUGGUAAUAUAGUAAGAAGAGUAUUAUUUAUUAUAAGAGAAGAAACUAUAGAAGAAGAAGAUAAUAUAAAUUCAAAUUUCCCAAUGAUGAGUUCAAUGUUUAGUUUAUUAACAACAAAUAAAAGAAAAGAAGACCAAAUACAAGUUGCUAAGCCUAAAGAGAAAACAUCAGAUUUACGUUCAAUUAUAGCUCAAGGCAUACGUGAAUUAAUUGAUGAAAUCUCAAAUGUAAAUGAAGGUAUUGAAAAUAUGAUUGCUGAUUUAAUUCAUGAUAAUGAAGUAUUAUUAACACCAACUCCAAAUUCAGAUUCAGUUUUACAUUUUCUUAUAAAAGCUAAAACUAAAAGAAAUUUUACUGUUUUAGUUACUGAAAAUUAUCCCAAUGAUAUCGAAAAAUCUCAUUAUUUUGUUAAAAAAUUAGCUGAACAUAAAAUUGAAACCAUUUUAAUUCCUGAUUCUACUUCAUAUGCAGUUAUGUCAAGAGUAGGGAAAGUUAUAAUCGGAACAAAUGCAGUAUUUGCAAAUGGUGGAUGUUUAUCUAAUCUGGGGGUUUCUCAAGUUGUUGAAUGUGCAAAAGAACAUAAAACUCCUGUUUUUGCAGUUGCUGGAUUAUAUAAAUUAAGUCCAUUAUAUCCAUUUACAAAAGAUGAUUUAAUUGAAGUUGGAAACUCAGGGAAAGUUUUAAAUUAUGACGAUUAUAAAUUAAUUGAAAAUGUUCAAGUUGUAACUAAUACUUUGGAAGAUUAUAUACCCCCAGAUUUAAUUGAUAUUUUUAUUACUAAUAUUGGUGGAUUUGCACUGACGUUUAUUUAUAGAAUUGUAUUGGAUAAUUAUAAAGUGGAAGAUAACAAACUUGACUGA